AUGGAACGAAAAUUAGACUCAACAAUUUACGACGCAACAACAGAAAUUGAAUCUACAUCCAGCGUUGCCCUAUCAACCACAAUACUAACUGAUACAAAAAGCAACGGCAUCUCUUCAUCCAAUACACCGACAGACAUUGCAACUAGCAGUUUGCCUUCAUCCAAUACUAUGACAGACCUGACAACUAGCAGUUUGCCUUCAUCCAAUACUAUGACAGACCUGAAAACUAGCAGUUUGCCUUCAUCCAAUACUAUGACAGACCUGAAAACUAGCAGUUUGCCUUCAUCCAGUACUAUGACAGACAUGACAACAACGAUCGGUAUCUCUACAACACUAACGCUAUCGAAAUCGACAACCACUAUCACAGAGAAUCCAACUGAAACAUGUGUGACACAGCGCCAGUUUCAAGAUGGAAAGAAUGUAGAUAUCCCUUGUUUUAAUGACACUUACCUCUGGAUUAAGCGGCCAUAUCAAAUGCAAAUCAUGCCCUACAACAUUAUAGGUAACCAGUAUAUACAUGAACUAUCCAGUUUUGGAUACUCCAUCCUGAGAGUGGAUUUGAUGGAUCAAACCAUGGACUGGAGAUGUGUGGAAUACAAUUUCUCAGUAGAGAAUAGUGCAUUUAAGUAUAGACUUAACAUAACAUGCAGGGAAGGGUGUGAUAUUGACAGCCUGUGGACUGGUCUUUUUUCUACUUACGACGAAGAUAAUGAUAACUGGGCUCAAAGAGAUUGUGCAGAGGACUUCAGUGGCGGAUGGUGGUACUCAGCGGACGCAUACUGUACGGAAGGAAAUCUUAAUGGAAUGUACACCACUGAUGGAAGCAAAAAGAAUGAAAAGCGCGGAAUCUUCUUUUUUCAUUGGCAUAUGUAUGAACCGCUAACAUUCGCCAGAAUGAUGGUUCGACAACCCUGA